AGAUGGACAAAUUCGCGCCAUUAUAAUCCAUACUUCACAUACAUAAAAGCUCUCCUUCCCAAUUUUCCAUUUUAUUUCUCCUCUCAGAAGAACUUGACUGUUUUUCGCUCACCUGAAAAUCUCGCAAAACCUUAGUCAUGGCGGACGGUCACCUCUUUAACAACAUCUCUCUUGGCGGUCGUGGCGGCACAAAGCAAGGGCAGAUGAGAGUUCAUUCAGGUGCUGUUCUGUGGAAAAAGCUGGGCGGGGGAAAAGCUGUUGAAGUCGAUAAGAGUAAUAUCUCUGGAUUAUUCUGGAUGAAGGUGCAGAGGUCAAAUCAACUUGGAGUUCAAAGCAGAGAUGGGUUGUAUUAUAAGUUUACAGGUUUCCGGGAUCAGGAUGUUGCCACCUUGACCAGCUUUUUCAAAAGCAGCUAUGGAAUUAACCCCGAAGAGAAACAUGUUUCUGUUAGUGGGCAUAAUUGGGGAGAAGUUGAUUUUAAUGGUAAUAUGCUGGCUUUCAUGGUUGGCUCAAAGCAAGCCUUUGAACUUUCUCUUGCUGAUGUUUCACAAACUCAGAUGCAAGGAAAAAAUGACGUUCUAUUAGAGUUCCAUGUGGAUGAUACCACUGGUGCUAACGAGAAAGAUUCGCUUAUGGAGAUCAGUUUUCACAUACCAAAUUCUAACACCCAGUUUGUUGGUGAUGAAAAUCGCCCUUCUGCUCAAGUUUUCCACGACAAGAUCAUGUCUAUGGCUGAUGUUGAUGCAGAAGAGGCUGUUGUCACAUUUGAUGGUAUUGCUAUCCUUACUCCUAGGGGUCGGUAUAGUAUCGAACUCCAUCUUUCGUUCUUACGUCUUCAAGGACAAGCUAAUGAUUUUAAAAUCCAGUACAGCAGUGUUGUUCGUCUUUUCUGUCUUCCCAAGUCAAACCAACCACAUACAUUUGUUGUUAUCACUUUAGACCCUCCAAUUCGUAAAGGGCAAACACUUUAUCCACACAUCGUCAUGCAGUUUGAGACUGAUUAUGUGGUUGAGAGCACUCUUUCCAUUAGUGAGGAACUCUUAAAUACCAAGUACAAGGAUAAGUUGGAACCUUCUUACAAGGGUCUCAUUCAUGAUGUAUUCACAAACAUAUUGCGUGCCCUAUCUAGUGCCAAAGUCACUAGACCCGGAAAAUUCCGUAGCUGCCAAGAUGGAUAUGCUGUCAAGUCAUCACUCAAAGCAGAAGAUGGAAUUUUGUACCCGCUUGAAAAGAGCUUUUUCUUUUUACCCAAGCCCCCAACUCUUAUUCUUCAUGAGGAGAUUGAUUAUCUGGAGUUCCAAAGGCACGUUGUUGCAGGAUCAAAUAUGCAUUAUUUUGACCUCCUUGUAAAAUUGAAGACAGAUCAAGAACAUCUCUUUCGGAAUAUCCAGAGGAACGAAUACCACAACUUGUUUGACUUCAUCAGCUCUAAGGGCUUGAAAAUCAUGAAUUUGGGUGAUGGUGCUGGUCAACCUACGAGCACCAUUGCAGCUCUUAGCAGUGAUGAUGAUGAUGUCGAUCCUCAUUUGAAUAGAAUCAGGGAUGCACAAGAUGAGAGUGAUGAAGAGGAUGAAGAUUUUGUUGCAGACCGGGAUGACGGAGGGUCUCCUACUGAUGAUUCUGAAGAAGAUCAAUCUGAUGCUAGUGCUAGUGGUGAGGAGGGAGAGAUUCAGAAGCCUGCGAAGAAGGAAAAGAAAGACUUGACAACAUCAAAAGCCUCCUCAAGCAAGAAGAAAUCUAAAGAUGGAGAUGAAGAAGGAUCGAAGAAGAGAAGACAGAAGAAGAAAAAGGAUCCAAAUGCACCAAAGAAGGCGAUGUCUGGUUUUAUGUUCUUCUCGCAAGCUGAACGCGAGAACACAAAGAAAGAAAAUCCAGGUAUAAUGUUCACAGAUAUCGCGAAAGCUCUUGGGGAGAAAUGGAGAAACAUGUCAGCUGAGGAAAAAGAACCUUACGAAGCAAAAGCACGCGCUGACAAGAAGCGUUACAACGAUCAAAUCGGUGGCUACAAGAAUUCACAAUCUGCAAACGUAGAUUCAGAGAAUGAAUCUGACAGUCAUUAGUGUAACCCAAAUACUGCUUUGUAUGCAAUUUUGAGUCUGGGCAUAACUUAUACAAUGACCUUGCGAAAAGGCAGUAUUGUAUAAUGGUUUACUUGCCUUGCCAUUUCAUUCGUUUUGGAAAUAUAAAGAGAUGUAUAAGGUUUAUCUUAGUAACAAGCGAAUAACAUAACUAAAUAUUUACAUGAUGUACUAGGAAUAUAAUAUCGUGUAAUAUUAUUGUAUUCCGUCUGGUAAGUUGAGUCGUUUUCUGCUUUAUGCAAAUGUUUAAUCGUA